UUGCGGGACUGGUGCAAGGCUGCUAGUCAGUGCAGAAUGAGUCAAGUGUAGAAAUUUGGUCCUUUUUAAAUUCUUCAAAGCAGAUCCACGACAGCGCAAGUGUUUGUUGCAAUGAAGUAGGGCCUUUUUGCUGAUGUGUAACAGCACGGUAGUCACGUAGCACCUCGCGUCGUUGUAAGCAGUAGAACGUUUAUUUUUCCUAAACUUUUCUGUUCCAUUUUUGUCAAAGAUGCUUUCUGGGUCUGGCUGUACCUUGUGGAUUGUGUUGCUGUCACACUUGGAAACCUCCUACUCGAGCUACUCAGACGAUCAGUGCAGCUGGAUGGGGAGUGGGCUGUCCCAGCAGCCAGGCAGCGUGGAGCAGAUCUCCCUCCACUGUGCCGAGGGUUCCCUGGACUGGCUGUACCCCAAGGGGGCGCUGCGGCUCAGCCUGUCCCCCAGACUCCCCUCGGGAGCGGUGGGGCCGGGGGGUGCGGGCCGGAGCUCUGGACUCAUCACUGCCUGCAUCAAGCCAGAGGAGACAUUCCGGGGGGCGCAGAUCUACCUGGAGCGGGACGGGAUCCUGGAGCUGCUUGUGGGAGAUCGGCCUGACUCCCCUCGGCCCCCCCGAGUGCGCUGCUUCAGCCGGCCACCUGGAGAGAAGGUGGCUCUGUUCCUGCAGGCCACCCCUCACCAAGACAUUAGCCGCAGGAUCGCAGCCUUCCGAUACGAGCUGCGCGGGGACUGGAACGCACGGCUGUCUCUCGACUCCAAUACCGUCCACCACGAAGGAGCCUGCAGACCCUGCAAUGACACAGAGAUCCUGAUGGCUGUCUGCACCAGUGAUUUUGUGGUUCGAGGGAACAUUCGCUCGGUGUUGCAUGACGAGGACCUGCAAGUGUCUGUGAUCAAAGUGAGCGUGUCGUGGGUAUACCGGCAGAAGUACUCCCUUUUCCCCAUCGGGGGGCAUUUGACAAAGGCCGGGGAGAUCCGGACCCUGCUGCAAUGCGGUGUCAAGCCUGGAGCUGGCAGUUUUCUCUUCACCGGGAGAGUGCACUUCGGGGAGGCAUGGCUGGGCUGCGCUCCCAGGUACAAGGACUUCCGCAGGGCCUACGAGGAGGCCCGGAACACACAUGAGAUCCCCUGUGAAGUGGCCUCUGACUGAGAGAUGCAAACAGCUUCCUGCCAGGGGAGGAAAUACAGCCCUCUGCAAAGCCUCUGAAAUCUACCUCCAUAUUAAGUUUUGUGUUUCAUUGUUCCAGCGGUUCUAAAAGGAACAACACGGGAAGUAGCAUUCCAGAUACACUGUAGGAGGAACCAGAAAUGGAUGCAGUGUAGGAGAAGGAUUCGGAAAGAGUGAAAGGGCCCAGUCUGGGUUGAUAAACCGCAUGCCUGUUAGAUAGUCGUGUAACCUGCUGCUUUUAUGAAGUAAAGCAUGGCAAGAGACUGGAGCUAUAUGAAAUGCUAUACUGUACAUGUGGCCCAGUCAUAGACUGAAAGAUUUUGUUGGGCUGUUCAGUACAACCCCAGACCCCUCUCCCCCCUAAUUGCACCUGUCAUUUUCCUCUUGUGUUUAUAAGGGGAAGGACCACUUUUGGAGAGGAUGAGGGGAGGGGGUCAUUUUUUGAUUUGCACUGUUCUGUUCUCAUGUAUGUGAAAAGACCAAGUUUGAAAAAAAAUAAAUAAAAUAAAGCAAGCACUGAAGAAUCUGGAAACCAAAAGUUUUACACAGGUGUAUAUAUACAGUACAGUAUUAAUAUAUAAUUUGACUUCAGCUAGCCCUAGUUGCAAUAGGUAUGAUCGUAACUGCCUUACGAUUUGAAAAUGUUUUUCUUGUGUAUACAUUGUUCUUUUUUUGCUGUAACGAUAUACACAGGGUCCCCUGUAUAAAAAACACUUACGCAAAAAAUAUGAACCAUAUGCUUCAAAUGGAGAUAGUAUAAAUGGAUUUACAGACUAUUCAACAUGUUCAGGAAAUCUAUUCCACGUAAACCUUAAAGUGAAAAAGAAACCUGAGUAUAAAAUGCUGUAUUCAUAGACUUCACAUUAACUGCACCGGCACUCCCACUCCACGCAGAAGGGGGCACUAUACUGCAGUGGGGUUGUGAAGCUAUUUCAGUCAGGUUCAAACUUGAGGUGUUGGAGCUCAGUUUACACUAGGCAGACUAUAAACUACCAGACUAUGGUUACCGAAGUGGCAACUUAAAAACAAACAAACAAACAAAUAGAUAUAGUAUAGAUAUGUGUGUGUGUGUGUGAGUAAAAGUUCUGGAAAUGCUACAGUGUUGUGACGGUUUAGUUGAAGUGUAGUCUCAGCGAGGCCCAAUGCGUCCCACUGCUGAAGAACUGCAAUUACUCUAUAGAAUGUGUGUCUCUUAUGUGCUGGAUUUUUCUCUGUAUACCUGAAAGUUAAUUAGUACACACUGGUCUGUUCAGAAUCUGUUAUACACUAAGGGCUAGUUUUUAAGUACAUUUUAAAAUGUUACUUAAGAUGAAGUCAGCUUUCAAAUUAUAACAAACUACGCGCUGAAGACGGUUUGACUCCCAGUGCUGUAAAAUAGUCUAAUAAAAUUCAGGGAUGUCUUAGCAUGUUGGGGUACCAUCAUCAAGUAAACUCCUUAGCUUGGGAGGUAAAUGUGUGAGAGGAACACAGUGUGUCAAACAGGCACAUUUUGAGAAGCAUUACCAAGUAUAUUUAAUUGAAGAGAAGUUUCUGGAACAUGAAGUACAGUAAAAUAUUUGUAAAAGUGUGAUGUAGGGGAGUAAUACUGGAAUAUGGUGGUGGUUAUUUCUGAUCUGCAGUCUAAUGUGCUUUAGAUAUUAAAACAUGUGCAAUUGCAAAACGUGGCACUGAGUUCUAAUUGUGUUAAAACCCAGCUUUUAAUACUGGGAUACUAGAUCUAGACAUGAAUAUUAAAAGGCACAGAGUUGACUAGUCCAAUAUGUGUUCAGCAUUAGCCAAAACACAUAUGUAGGUUUUCUUUUAGUUUCACUUCAAACUAAAAUCUUAAGGCUGUUGGCUUUAGCAGUAGGGUGUAGAGAUUAGCUGCCAAAAAUCUGCGGCUUUUAAUUCUGAAGCAAUAUUGGCCAUAUACAUUGUCCAUUCCAACUAACGAACUUCACGAAAUGUCAAAAUCUGAGGGGUGAACUUUGCUUUCUGCAUCUCUAUAAGUGUGUUUAUGAUUUAUGUACAGCUCAAAGUCUAUUCUUUGCUGUUUCAGUAUUGCAUGUGUUUCUACCUUGUUUUCGUAUCUUAAGUGCACUAAAUUAUGAUUUAAAAACUGAUACCAAAUGUAUUUUUUGAACAAGAACAUUUAUAUGAAAUGCACCUCGAAAGCUUCAAACUGCCAUUUUGUUGACGAUGUUGUAUUUGUUUUUUAACCUGUUACCAGGGUGACUAGCUGGAAGGAGUGUGUGUGUGUUUGUGUUAAUCUCAGUGUAUAUAUGUACAUAGAAAUGGUUUACGAAACGCUAAUGGGUUUAUUAAUUCGUGCUUCUGUGUUGUGAGCAUUGUUGUGUUUGUACUUGAAAUGUCUUAUAAAGGUUUAAAAAGAA